CCUCUUUUUUUUAUUAUUUCUACACGUUUAUUCAAUUUUCUAGGCGUUUCUCCUUCUCUCUCUCUCUCUGAACUCGAUCGACAAGCGCUCGUCCUCUGUUCGGAUCGAUUCCCCACCUCGGAAAAGAGCAGAAUGUUCUGAAAGCCCUACAAUUUCAAUCGAAUCGAGCAGAAAGCUGAUAUCUUUUUCUCCUUCGUCUUCUUAUUCUGCGAGGGUUCGGUACCAGGAGGCGGCUUUGGUUUGUCGAUUGCGUUCGUCAGAGCAAAAACUAGGGUUGGUGGUAAUUGUUUCGAUUUGUUUCUGAUUUGAUUUCAUUUGGGUAUCCCUCGAAUUAUCAGUUUCUCCUUCCAAUUUAUCGAAACUUUGUUUCUUUGAUCCGUUCUCUAUUGGGUAUCUGUUUUUUUGUCGUUUCGUAUAAACCCUAGGUUAGUCGAAUAAAAAAACCCCCAAAAAAAGUUAAAUUCUUUGAUUCUUAUCUCUGUAGAUAAAUUGGUUACGGCGUUGGUUUUUUCGUUUCCAUUCCAGCUGAUUUUAGGUUAUUUGCAAGAGACUCUGUGAAAUUUUUGGGCGUCGUUUUAGUUUGCCAUCAGAAAUUGAGGGUUUUCUUGUUAGAUCUUCCUUCCCCUUGUUACAUAUUUUUCUAAUUUUUCCCACACUUACUUGGUUAAUCGAAAAAAAAAAAGAGAGAAAAAGGGUUCAAAAAUCUAGGGUUUGUGUAUAGACUUAUGUAGAGAGAAAUUUGGUCGGGGUGUAUAUUCAAUGGCUUUGAAUUUUUCCCAUCGACCAAUCUUUCCGGGGCAUCUGUCCGAGGACAAUUUGGUUUCUCCAAUGAGGAUUGCCAAUGGGUACCUCGUGGAGGGUAUACCUGAGAGGAAUGGAGAUGGUUUUGGUAGGCCUUGGCAUUCAAACCGGGAAGUGAAUGAUUGCUUUGAUUAUGGAAGAGAUAGAUGUGAUAGGAGUUGCUCACAGGAUCCAGUUUCAAAUGACAUUCUUGAUCUAUUGCCUUCGGACCCUUUUGGCAUGGAUAUAAGUACCACGUUUACGGCUAUCACGGGCUGGCUUGAGGAUUUGGAAGCGGACUAUGGUGGUUACAGAAGGGAUGAGGUGGGGACAAGUAAUGAUAACUACGAACUUUUCGCGGAAUUGAAUUUUAUCUGGAAUAAUGCUAUGAGGUUCCAGGCAUUCCCUGGGAAAAUUGGGGUUGAUCACAAGGCUAAUGUAGCAAGUGGAUUCUGUGGGUGCUCAAAAGAGAAGGGAGUUGGUGAUGCGUCCUUACACAGCGAUUUUGGAUCAGCAUGUCCAGUCGCUGAUGUUCUGAAUUUGGGCAAUGAAAGUUGUGGUUUUUCCAAUCAGCAAAAUGUAGAAGUCCAGCAUGGCUAUGGGAUUUGCGCUGGUGGUGAUGGAGGAGCUCCUCAUGGGGCGAUGAUGUUUGCCCUUAGUUAUCUGGGGGUGCAGGAUCUUCUUCAUGUAGAAGGUACUUGCAGAUCUCUCCGUUCUACAGUUCGCGGUGACCCCCUUUUGUGGAGAAAUAUUCACAUAGAUCAACCGCUGAACGAGAAGAUUACCGAUGAUGUUCUCUUGCAAUUAACCGAUCGGGCUCAAGGAAAUCUGCAGAGCUUGAGCCUAGUGGAGUGCCCAAGGAUCACUGAUGAUGGUCUGAAGCGUGUGCUUGAAAGUAAUCCCAGGCUAACCAAGUUGAGCGUGCCAGGAUGUACUAGACUCAGUAUUGAGGGCAUCGUGAAUAGCUUAAAGGCUUUCAAUUCUAAGGGUGCACAAGGUGUGAGGCAUUUACGAAUUGGUGGACUAUAUGGUGUGACACAGAAGCAUUUUGAAGAAUUGAAGUUCUUGUUGCGAACUGACAGUCAGAUGCAGCCUAAUUCACGCAAGCCACACUUUUAUCACAGAGGGAACUUUUACCUGCCCUCUGAUGAUGAUAGCGACAUUGAUAUUGAAAUGUGCCCCAGAUGCCAGAACCUGAGGCUUGUCUAUGAUUGCCCUGCCGAGGCUUGUCAAAGGAAAGAACAUCCAACUCAGGUAUGCAGGGCCUGCACACUUUGCAUAGGGAGGUGUAUUCAGUGUGGUCGGUGCGUUAAUGAUUGUGAAUAUGAGGAAACAUUUUGUUUGGAGUUGCUUUGCUCAGAUUGUUGGAACCAGCUACUUGAGUCUCAAGAGACACAGGACGGAACAUACGGUCCAUCCAAACCUUUUGUUCUCCAUGAACGGAAUGAUACCUUUGGUCGGCAUGGCUAGGUUCUGUUGGUUCUGUAGAUCUGCUGGUUCCGUAUUAUGGAUGAGUAAAUUACAAGGGGUUACUAAGGUAUCCAAUCAGUUUAAGAUUAUGGUUCCUUUAUCUCAUACCGCUUGGUCAGCUGGCUUUGUUGGGCUUAGUCUAUUGGUUGACUUCAGCUUUGGCGGUUUGUAUCUCAUCUGGGGCUCCGAGACCACUGCUAGUACGUUGUGAUGAAUAGAAAAAAAAAUGUUAAAAAAUAAAAACAAAAGAGAUGGAAAUUUUAGGGGUGAAGGAGAUUGUGAACAAAGUUCUGCAUCCACUGUCCACGGCAGGGAAUUUUGUUCUGGUGAUUCCGUUAGUUGGCUGUGGCAUGAAUAAAUGUUCUACGAGCAGUAUGUUCAUUUGCCUUUGAAUAUUGUGUAUGAAGUCUGUUAGCAUCUAACCAAGAUGUGAGGUAGCCUACCAGAGCAGUAAACGGUAGGGAACUACUACUUGUAGAGAGCAAAGUGGAAUGGUAACUUAUUCGUUGUACAUCAUCCAUUGUGCUCCGUGAACUCUAUGCUGGCGCAUGGAAGCGGUCGUUGGUUACUUGUGAAGUGUUUGAAGCGUGAAGUAGGUGGGUUCUCGCAGUCAUACAAGGAGUUACGUUGUUCAUUUUUUCCAGUUGUGCAGCAGUUUAUGUUUCGAAGAUUGCUGCUGCAGUAGCAUGCUCUUCUGUGACCUGUUAUUUGUGAUGAAGCCCUGAGCAGGACUGGAUCCUCUACCUGGCUUUAUACACUGUACUGAUUUUCCUCCAUUGUCAUAUAUAAUGCCACUCCACAGAUUUGUUCUUGUUUAGUCAAGAACGAAGCUACUAUUGUUUCCUGCCACCGGAAACAUUGUUGUUCAUAAAAGACGGGGCAUGUACGUUGUUAAUAAGUGACGGGGCUUGUACGUUGUCCAUAGAAGGCCGUGCUGGUACAUUGUUCUUGCUUUGGAGGACGACUUUCGUCUGUCUCAGUUACGAUUUAUGGCAACUUCACUGUAUGUUAUCUUUCGUGUGUGCAUAGAGCACAAAGUUAUCAGCUUCUUUUCGGUCGAAACGAAUGUUGUAAAAUGUACUUUGGCAAUCAAGUUAUGGUUUUAUGUAAAAGUGUUGCUCUUGCUAUGUGUAUUCUCUAUUUUCCACUUUCCUUGGAUGUAUUAUUCUCUUUAUCUUA